GCAGGGGUAACGUGUAUUCGUUUUUGCACGCCGAUAGAGCUCGAAUUUUAGAAUGCCGAAGGGUUAUAGAGGCCUCUCUUGGUCGCGGUCAAGAUCAAGGUCUCCCAAAGAAAAGAGAACAGGUCCUAGGGGCUCUAAUUCUUUUAAAAGAUCUCCCAGUCCACCACCCCGUAGAAGAUCUAGAACCCCUGAGAGAAAAAGACGCUAUUCUAGAUCUCCUCAACGAGUGCAGAGAAGAGACAGUAGGCAUGAAGACAGAAGCAGAGGGAAACGUGAGGAGAGGUCCCCAAGGCGCAGAUCUCCUUCACCCAAGAGAGGAAGAAGACCAUCUCCCAAGAGGCAAGAUUCCCGAAGAGAUGACAGACGAGAAGAUAAAGAUGAAAGACGAGAUAGACGUGAAGACAGAGAUUAC